UAUUUAGUAAACAAAUGACUGCAUUACAUAAUAAACGUUCUGUAAUUGAUACGCAUUGUCAUCUAUGUGAAUCUAUUUUUGACAAAGAUAUUGACAAUGUGAUUAAUCGUGCAAUAUCUGCCAAUGUUCAUGGUGCUAUUGUAUUGACUGAGAAUAGAAAUGAUUUUUCAAAAGUAUUUAAAUUAAAGAAAAAGUAUCCAGAUUGGAUUAAUAUUUGCCUUGGGAUUCAUCCUGUACAGAAACAAGAAGGAACUCACAAUGGUCAACGUAGUGUUAACAUGAAAGAUUUAAAACAUACUCGUGAUAUUAUCCUACAGCAUAAAUAUGAAAUUGUUGGCAUUGGUGAGAUUGGAUUAGAUUUUACACCGACAAUAUGUUCAACUAAUGAAUUACAAGAUAUACAAAAAAGUAUAUUUACUAUUCAAAUUCAAUUGGCUAAACAAUUGAAUUUACCAGUAAAUGUUCAUUCACAUUCUGCUGGAAAAGAAACCAUUGACAUAUUGAAAUCUGAAGGUAUUACAAAAGCUCAAAUACACGCUUUCGAUGGUCGACCAUCUAUUGCAAUGAUUGGUUUAAGUGAAGGUUAUUACUUUUCAAUACCAUCUAGCUUACCAAGAAGUAAACAGAAACAGGAAUUAGUCAAAGCUUUACCAUUGGAUCGUAUUCUAGUUGAAACUGAUGCACCAGUACUAAAUUCAACUGCACUACAGAGCCGUACUGAACCAGAUGAAGCUAUCAAAGUUUGUGAACACAUCGCGGAAAUAAAAGGAAUAGAUUUUGAAACAGUUUGUCACAUGACAACUGAAAAUGCAUUUAAACUUUAUGGAUCACUGAAUGUGAAGUGCUAAAUUCAUGUGAACUGAAACUGAACAAAACCGAAUUGAAUUUUUACAGGACCAUACAUUAUUCUAUGUGUUGUUAUAUUAAACUGGAAAAUACUCCGUUUGUUGUUUAUAAAGAAUCCAAAUCUGUCUCAUUUGCAAAUCUUCCAUCAGUUGUUUCAAACUUCAUCUUUCCUUCAUUGUUUUCGUCAUUACUCUCUGUUCCCGUUCCGGUUCUCUUCAAUUCGAUUUUAGCCGUCUGUUGUCAGGCAUUCCACUUCUGAAUGUUACUACAUACUAUUUAUAUCCGUCGACAUAAGUAGUAAAUAUCACAGUUUUAUCAAUAGACAACAAAUAAGAUUUUAUAACUGGAAUAAAUCAAACUUUUAACUGAGUAACGUAUUUCAUUGAAUAUUACGAGAACGUAGAAUGUACUGAGUUUUUUCAUUAACGAAAUGUUCAUGAAAAUGACAAUAAAUUCAAUCAGAAACAACAUAAUCACUUUGCACAAUCAGUUCCAUACAUGUUUCAGGCUACCAUCACCGUAUUAAACAAAACUAAUUAUGCGAUAAACCCCGCCUGGAGCUUCUCUGAGGUUACUGCCA